CCCGCGUCGCCGUUCCAGCCUCCUCCUUCCAAGUCGAGUCCAGGUCCAGUCCAGCCCAGUCCAACAGCCGACGCUCAACAGCGCGGAAGGAAGAAACGCAGCAGGAGAGCAAAACCCUAGCACGGUCGCUUGCAUCCAUGGCGCUGCCCAUCUCCGGCGCCGGAGAGGCCCGCGCGCUCCUCGCCCCGUCCGCGUACUCGAUCCGCCCGCCGCUCCGCCGCGGCGCCGCCGCCAAGGCUCACUUUUGUACUUUUCCUCAUGGAGCAUCUAGCAGUCAUAUGCUUACAAAUAGCCGGCUAAUCAUUGAACGUCAAAGCUGUUCACAUAGUUCCACCCAGACUUAUGCUCUUUCAAGGAAGGAUUUUUCUCCUAUAACUCAAGAGGUGGAAGGCUUCCUUCACAAUGUUGUUAACAUGGGAUUUCUUGACCGUCUGAAAUUAGCGUGGAAGAUAAUCUUUCCUGCGCCAACCAUAAAGGAAAACUCCAAUGCAAACAUUGCAAAACAGAGGCUUAAGAUGAUCCUGUUCUCAGACAGGUGUGAAGUCAGUGACGAAGCAAAGAAAAAGAUUGUGGAGAAUGUCAUCGAGGCACUAUCUGAGUUUGUUGAGAUAGAAUCACGGGAUAACGUCCAAGUGGAUAUCUCAACUGAUGCUGGCCUUGGCACAGUGUACUCCGUAACCGUUCCUGUGCGCCGUGUGAAGCCAGAGUACCAGGAAUCAGAAGAGCAGUACAGAGGGAAAAUUGUUGGCGUCGACUUCAAGGACACUGGAGAAACGUCUGGUAGUGUCGAUGUGACAUUUGACUUCUUUGUACCCAAUGAGAACUACUGAUUCCUUGUGCUGCUAUUGGAGUGUGCUCCUCGCAAUGUUUCAUUUGUUCGUUGCAUUUGUGAACCCUUUGGGUAGAAAGCUAGAAUGUUUGUUCUCUAGAGUGAUGUAAAUAUCUAGGAUCCCUGUUCGCUCCACAUUUCUUGUAACUUGAUUCUGGAAUUAUGUCGUAGACCUGAGGUGCCAGGUUCUUUGAAAAACAAAAUUCUUUUUUUGUUUAUGAGAAGAUAACGUCCAGUUGCUCUGUCUUUGCCAA